CCUUGAGGCACACCCAUCCACUCACUCCACAGUCACACGUAUCAAAGACACGUGCAUUCAUUCGCUGUGUCUGUCUUUCACGCCCAUUCAUCCGUCCAUCCAUCCAUCCAUCAUGUACACGUCGGCCAGCUGGAUUUGUACACGAUGUGUGGUGUGUGUAUGUGGUGCGUGGGUCACUCAAGCACUCACUCGUCCCCUCGCUCAACUCACCCGACGUUGGCCGACGAGGUCGGUCUGCACUUCCCUUCCCGCACUGAACAUGACCCCCAACAGGGACAGCCAAGCGUUGGCAUUAAUGAAUACCCACACAUCGACUGAACCUGUCCAGUGCCAUGCCCAGCGUCAGGUAUGCGACGGACGGGAUGCAUUUAUCCGUUGGUUGGUAGGAAGGUACCUACCUACCUACCUAUCUAGGCACUCUCUGUCUGUCCCGCCCCCUCUCACACUCUCUCUGGAUCGUUGGCUAUGUGCAUUGUUUGUCAGGUAGGUGCACUCUCCUAGGACCCCACAGCACCCCUCCCUCCCUCCCAGGCACCACACCACCAUCAUGCACAGCACCGCACCGACCCACACACACACAACACCCGCUCGUCAGUCAAUGAUAAAUCGAAAACAGCCGCCAUCUCGUGAUGGGCCCAUACCGCUCGCACCGCACCGCCCCGCAUUGCAUUGCCUCUCUCUGUGAGCGAUGGCCGCUCAGUCUUGUCCCUCAUUCAUUCUCUAUCGUCAAAAACUACCCAGGCAGGCAUUGCAUCCCCCUCAACUCACCUCCAACCAUCCAUUAAUGCAUCACUCUAGCUAUCUGCCUGCCAGCACACCACGCACCCACCCCCCAUCCAGCACGCAUCCGCACCGCCCACCAAAUGCACCCCCUUGGUGGCCCCUCGUCAUUGUGGCAUGGAUCGCGUCUUCAAGUAGGCGGGGACGAGCAUCGUCAGCUUCUUGAGCUUGGACACAUAGGCGCGCUUCCUCAGGUUGUCGUAGUCGUUGCGCUCGAUGACCGUCAGGAUGCCCCUGUAGACGUCCAAAGCCGUCUGCACGGCCAGCCGUGCGCUGGGGUGCAGCAGCGCCACCCCCCUCUCGGCACUCUCAUAGUAGAGCUGGGCCUUCUGGAUGUAGUACUUGACCAGCUCCUUGUAUUGGUCCGUCACCCGGUGCUGAAAAAUAUCCCUCUCGCUCACGCCGAACUUCUGCAGGUCCUCCUGGGGGAGGUAGAUGCGGCCCCGGUCUGCAUCCUCACCCACGUCACGCAGGAUGUUGGUGAUCUGGAAGGCGAUCCCCAGGUCGACGGCGUGUGGCGCCGCGUCGAUGGCUCGCGCGCCUCGUGAGGUGCCGAGGAUGGGGAGGGUCAUGAGGCCGACCGUGCCAGCGACUCGGUAGCAGUAGAGGUACAGCUCGUUCCAGUCGCGGUAUUUCUGCUGGUCGAGGUCCAUGAGCAUGCCCUUGAUCAUGUCCUGGAAGGGCUCGAUCGCCAGAGAGGGGUACAUGUCCCUCGUGUCCGCCAGGGCGCUGUCCAGCACAUCCACGCACCGUCCCCGCCAUAUGUUGGCCAGCCGCUGCUCCCACAAGACGAUCUGAUUCGCCAACGUCUGGCGGUCAGUGAUGAGCGCCCGCGGUGAGUCGACGAGGUCGUCGGUGCGCCGGCACCACACGUAGACGGCCCAGAGGUUCUUGGCCUUCUCGGGUGAGAUCAUCUGUGUGCCGAGGUAGAAGGUCUUGCUGUAGAUGGCCGUGAUGCGCUUGCACGCCUCGUAGCCGAGCUCGAUGGCCUUGGCGCGCCGCGUCUCGUCGCGCAGCACGUCCCUGUGGCUGAAGGCCUGAUCGCUGCCCACAUCCAGGGGCGGAGAAAACCACAACAGGUCCGAGUAAUCCUGGUGGUACAAGCGGGGGGUGGGGGGCGGAGGGGGAGGGGCCACACGGGGGGCGUGGCUGGUGUGGGGAGGUGACACCAGGCCGGAAAGGGUGUCGUUUGCCGGCAGUGGGUCCAUGGUGAGGCCCGGAGAAAUGCCGACAGCCGAGGGGAUGGAGCGAUAGAUGUGAGCAGGGUAGUCGGCCGUGGCGAACCCAUCAGCCGUCGCCGUUGCCGUCGCACUGGCGGCCCUCACGGUAGUGGCGGCAGACAGCUGGGAAGGCGAGGCCGAAGGGGCUUUCCUGUCUGCUCCGCCCCUGUGCCGUGCCCGCCGCUUGUUCGCCCGGAUGGACUUGUUUGACAUGCUGCAACACGCAAACGCCGACCGCUGAUCAGCGCGGAGAAAAGACCAAGGACGGGGAGAGGGGCGAGAGACUGCAAGCAGCACCCACACAAUACAUACACGCAGAGAAAUGCGUCCACUCAUUUGCGAUCAGGCACACAGGUGGGUAGAUCUCCAUGUGAUGUGUGUGCCGUCUUAUCUUACCUGGGUCGUUGAAAGGGAAGCAGUGUGGUGGAUGGUGUCGCAUCUCCGUCGCUCCGGGAGGUAACGACUUUGUCCUGGUCCGGAGCGCACUCAGCCGAGAUGGGGGGGACCUCGCGCAGACCCACGUUGAUAAAUCCGCGGCCACCCCAAGCGCCAGAAGGUGCACCCACCGCAAUCCCAUCUGCGAGCGCCAGCGCGAUACCUGCGGCCUCGGCGGCGGACGUGAUUGUGAUGCUGCGACUGCUGGUGCAGAUGAGCUGGACGUGGCAGGCGGAUCUCCGACGAGCUUCAUUAGCAUACCACUGCGGAAAAUGUCAGUCGACGGGCUUCAAAGUGACAAGGUGACGUGCCCAUCGACGGACAGAUGCAGAGCACAGCGGAGGGAGGGGAAGGUGGGGAGGCUGCGUGUGAGUUA